GCGGAGGGACUUCGCUGGAGGAACUUAUUUCGCCCUCGUGAAGUGGAGCUCCUGGGCCGGCCGGUUGGCAAGCCGGUUCUGCUCCUGCGCCACAGCGACAAGGGAGAUGGAAACUGCAGCUGGCAGUUUCCUUUUCAGUCUAAGUCUGCAUUUUGCACUUAGUUUUUGUCUUCUCGUGGGCACCAGUGUUCCCAAUCCACAGUGGUUCCAGCAACUCCAGGGGAGUGCUAGCCUACAGGACCCUGAAUCAGGACCAGAGAAGGCUAAGGACAGAGAGGGCUGUAACUCCGGAAGCCUGCGUCUGGGUCUUCCGUUCCAAGGGGCUGUGAUCCCACGUGACUCCACGCCAUCCUCUUGACCGUGGCGUCCCGCCCUACUGCGCAGACGCGGAAGCUUUGGGUAAACGGGCGCCCGAGACCGUGUAAGCAGGCGAUCGUGGCGGGUGGCACCCGUUCCCAGGUGUGGGUCUGCGUUCCGUGGGCGGCAGGCAGAGGUCUCGCCUCAGCAUGGCUGCCCUGCUUGUGAGAAGCGCGGUGGCUUCGCUCAUGGAUCCGCUCCUGCACCUGAGUCGCCUCGCGGUGAAGCCGCGGGCCUUCUCCUCGUUCCUGCUGGGGACCCUUCCAAGCGCCAGACCCUGCGCAGAGGUGCGCUCGCUUCUCUGGGCCCGCCCCCUGCCGCACCUGCAGCCCUCGCUGGGCUUCAAGACCAAGGGUGUCCUCAAGAAGCGAUGCCGGGACUGCUACAUGGUGAAGAGGCGUGGGCGCUGGUUCGUCCUCUGCAAGACCAACCCCAGGCAUAAGCAGAGGCAAAUGUGAGGGCAUAUGUUCAUAGGAAGUUCGUUUCGCCGUAUCAAAGAAAAAUAAAUGUAAGCGUUCUGUAAUCGAAGAUCUGUGGGCCUUAGAGUUUUGUUGAACUCACCCGUUUAACCCCAGUCAUUGCCCAAUUCCUUCAAACCUAGCCAGACCAGAACUGCAGAUGGGAAAGGAUUGCUGCUCUUCCUGGAACUGUGUGGAGCUGGAGGACAAAAGAAAUAGGAAUACUAAGCUGACUUUAACUCUUGAGACAAGAUCUGGCUCCAUAGCCCUGGCUGACCUGAAACUUGCCGACAACCUCCUGCCUCUGCCUCCCUGGUGUUCCGUCAUCAAAAGCGGCAGAAUGCAAGCGCUUCUAAGAAACCAACUGAACCGGGAGGCUCCUGUGGGGAGCACAGCAAUCCCAGCUUAAAAAUAAAUGGUGUUGUUGGGUAACACCUAUCCCAACCUUUACUCAAGGAAAACCUUGUUUACAUAGAGAUGUCUUUCAGAAACCAAUUAAAAAUGUUUGUCGUGACUGCCCUGAAACUCUGGAGUGGUAGUGUUCUUUAUACCAGC